GGUGCGUGCUGUUGUUCGAGAUGCACUUUACGGUGAAGGACACGUGUGCCACACGGUUUCGUCGCGCGAUCACUGAGCUGUAGCGAGGUCUGCACGGCGGAAUCACUCGCGAGGAGGACCUCGAGUCAUCGGGAGGGCGGUGUCACUCCAGCUGGAAGCGAUCUCCUGCGAGAAGUCCUCCGACCGGGUCCCCGACAAUGGAUUCUCAGCAGCUUGUCGACUCGGCCUCUCAAAAUAGUCAGGACAUCGUUUUACCAAAACCGGCCAGCAGCACCCCAAGGCACAGCAUCGACGCGAUUCUCGGAUUGGCCAGCCAUAAAAGGACUCAUCAAGAGAUGGAGGACACCAGCCGCGACACGCAAGAGAACACUGGUGAGAACAGCUGCAACUCGACCGGCGGCGGCAGCGACGAGGAACUGGGCGCGGGCUGCGGGGACGACAUAAACGGCAACGGGGGCAAGAAGAAGCACCGUCGCAACCGGACGACCUUCACGACCUACCAGCUGCACGAGCUCGAGCGGGCGUUCGAGAAGUCCCACUACCCGGACGUCUACUCCAGGGAGGAGCUCGCCAUGAAGGUUAACCUCCCGGAAGUUCGUGUCCAGGUUUGGUUUCAAAAUAGACGAGCCAAGUGGCGCAGGCAGGAAAAGAUGGAGGCCGCGAGACUGGGCUUGAGCGAGUAUCAUCAUGCCGCCAAUAUGAGAAACGUCGCCGGUCCGGCGCUGGGUCUACCAGGGGACCCGUGGCUUGCGCCGCCAGGAUUGCUGAGCGCGCUACCCGGCUUCCUGGCAGCACCUCACACAGGAUACCCCAGUUAUCUAACGUCUCCCAGACGAUUACCGUCGCCACCGAAUGUCGGCGCCGUGGCUAAUCCCGUUCCAGGGUCCCUGGCCAGCAGCAUGGCGAGCAUAACCGCCGGCGGCCACGUGCAACCACCGCCGCCGAGUCCGCCGGGGCACGAUCCUCGCACGACGAGCAUCCAGGCGCUCAGGAUGCGGGCCAAGGAGCACGUCGAGAGCAUCACCAAAGGUCUGCAGAUGGUCUGAAGGUUAACCGAAGAUUCGCUAAGGGCGCGCACCGCUGUCAGCCACCGCGGCCUGGCCGCGCCAGCGACGGCGUGACGAGGGGAAGCGAAAGCAGCUCUUCGCCCGGACACUUCUCGAUCCUGAAGAGUCACUAUCGAGAAGGAGGAGCAGCGGCAUGUCGACCGACGAGAGCGAGCGAGAGAGAGAGAGAGAAAGGAGGAAAGAGAGAGAAGCAGGGGAAAUGGAUGCAGUUUAUCCGGCGACGGGUCGCGAAACCGAAUCCACCGACGAAGGUGCUGGACGCAGGGACGCUUCACGGGGGAAGAGGGUGAUCGUCGAACGCGCGGCGAAUGGUCCCGACGAUUGCGAGGUGGAAGCGCGAGAGGAAAAUCUCUCACGCUCGUCGUCGAUAGUUACCAAAGGGACGAUUCGUCAGGUGGUGGUGAUGACGCGAGGACGUAAUGUGUCGCGAUCCGACGAUCGGCGGGUGUCGUCUUGGACGACGAUUGUAGAGACAAUCGAUGCAGGUGCACCUAUGAUCGAUGAGCAUGUGUUCAUGGUUGGGAGUGCCGAAUGUUGUGGGCUAACUCGUUGAGGUGCACACUCGUGGUAGAGUUCCGACGUCGGGGAAAAAUCGAGUCUUUCGCUUUCGAGGUAGCGCCGUACAAAUAACAUGGUCAAAUUUGUGAAUAGGCAAAAAGGAAAGAGAGAGAGAGAGAGAGAAAAUAAGACGUUCGCGAGUCUCAACGACCGUUUCCCCUUCGGACGUAGUCGCGUUGUUCCGGUGCUUUUGAUAUCAUUGAACGACGGUAGUCACUGGAAUAGCGGGCCCGAUAUAGAUUCAAGCUCACGUUCACGUUGACCGGCGAGAAAGAAGCAUUCCUGAGCGCGGGUCGCGCGCGACAGUGCGCGUCGAAUAAUUGCGCGCGCUCGGGGCUUGGCUCUAAGCCGGUAUUGUGCAAUAGACGAAGCGGAAUGAUUACGUCGCGCGAAACUUGUCGCGUCGAGCGAGGUGGGCGUACGAUGAAGACAGAACCGAUUAAUUUUUAAUCGUUAUCACCGCAACUUACCGCUCUCUCAUCGUGAUUGCUCGUAUUCCGAGUUAUUUUCUAAAAAAAAAUGGAAAAAAGAAGGAAGGAGAAAAGAGCGUCCUUAAGAGCGAAAAGAGAAAACGUUCAUCCCCUCCCAGCCGUCCUCUUCGGUUCUCCCCGAGCGAAUUACUUUCGAAGCGCUUGAAUAUUGGAUCGCUGAGAUUGGGAAUUAUAACGCACGUGUGAUUUCGUUGUCGUUGCUGGACAGAGGUAAACAUUGCCUAAUUUUAUAAAGCGAGUAUCGCGCUGAUGUACAUCAAUCGCCGCGAAACACAAUGACAGUCAAUUUAAACUUGUUUCUAGCCCCUCCUCCCCGUCCCUACCUCGCCCGUUAACGAAUUCAUUAAUAUGUGUGAUUGUGAAACUAUGAAAUACAAAUGCGGCACAUGCGGUGUAUUCCGUGUGUAUACACAUGCA